AUGGCUCUCAAGCGCAUUAACAAGGAGUUGAUCGAUCUCGGUCGCGACCCGCCCUCCUCUUGCAGCGCGGGCCCGACGGGCGACAACAUGUUCCAGUGGCAGGCGACGAUCAUGGGACCGGGCGACUCACCUUACGCUGGCGGCGUCUUCUUCCUCUCGAUCACCUUCCCGACCGACUACCCCUUCAAGCCUCCCAAGGUCAGCUUCACGACCAAGAUCUACCACCCGAACAUCAACGCGAACGGGUCGAUCUGCCUCGACAUCCUGAGGGACCAGUGGAGCCCAGCAUUGACGAUCUCGAAAGUCUUGCUUUCGAUCUGCUCAAUGCUGACGGACCCGAAUCCCGAUGACCCGCUCGUUCCCGAUAUCGCGCACCUCUACAAGACGGAUCGCGCCAGGUACGAGGCGACAGCCCGGGAGUGGACACGGAAGUAUGCCAUGUAA